CGCAUGGAGAGGCACAGAUCAUGCUGGACCUGGUCGGAGACGACUGCGAGCCCCCAUCCAAGUCCAUGAUGGAGCCGGUGGUCCGGGAUGGCGGCUGGGGCAUGUGGUCGGCCUGGGAGUGCAGCGCCGACUGCGACGGCGGCUUCGGCUCCCGGGAGAGGCUCUGCAACAACCCCGAGCCCACGCUCUGGGGGCACAACUGCCCCGGAUGGGACGUGCCGCGCCAGUUCGGCCUCUGCAACAACCACAAGUGCGGGACCUUCUCGGACGAAGUGCGCCUGCGGAUGCUGUACAGCCUGGCCAACGAUCCCUAUCUCGCUGGACCUGAGGGAGGGGGAGCAGUUUGUGCUCAGAUGUCGCACGGACGCGUACCAGGCGGCCCUGGAGCAGUUCUCGCUGCUUGACACCAUGUGGCUGCGCAACG